AUGGACUUUUCUAUUCCACCGACUUUGCCAGUAAAUCUGCAGAACAAACUCAGUGACAUUGUACAGGAUUAUAAAGAUGGUAAUCUGACUGUAAAGGGCUAUGAAACAAAGCGACUCCAACUACUGGAGAAUUCAACUAGUGACCCAAAGAGAUCAGUUAGUAAUGUUAGAGCAAAUACUAUACGAAUCCCAGGUAGAAAUCAAAGCUUAUCUUCCACCUUAAUACAGAAGAGGUCAUCGAAUCUCAAUUUACUCUCAAGAAAUGAUUCUGUUUAUAGAGUCACUACAAAUUCAUCAAUAGCAUCUCCCUCAAUCAUGGGAACCUCCAUAAGGCACAAACGCCAUUCGUCUACGCAGUUAUCCCUUCCUUCUAGGGAUAUUUUGUCAAAUGGUUCCUACAAUCCUAUGGUGCCUCUACUGCCAAGGAAAGUUCUGAAGAAUGACAACACUUUAAUGGCUUCUUUACCUUCCAUAUUGAGAGGAAGAUCUGAGAACUAUGCAGGUCAAAAUGCAAUUAUAAAUAUAAAUUCUAAAGGUAAAGAAACAUUUAUAAGUUGGGACAAGUUAUAUUUAAGAGCAGAAAAGGUAGCCCAUGAGUUAAACAAAAAUAACCUCUACAAGAUGGAUAAAGUCCUUUUAUGGUACAAUAAAGAUGAAGUAAUCGAAUUCGCUGUAGCUAUAUUGGGUUGCUUCAUUGCUGGAAUGAUCGCCGUUCCAGUUUCAUUUGAUAUUUAUUCACUUGGAGAAAUCAUUGAGAUUUUGAAAACUACAAACUCAAAAUUCAUUCUAAUAUCAAAUGAUUGCUAUAAACAUCUAGACAAUCUAUAUUCAGCGAAUAAUAAUAAAAUAAAAUUGAAUAAAAAUGAAAAUUUCUCUAACGUUAUAUUUUGUAAGACUGACGAUUUGGGAACCUAUUCAAAGGCCAAGAAACAUGCACCAACAUUUGAUUUAUCAACAAUAGCUUAUAUCGAAUUUACUAGGACUCCUCUAGGAAGGUUAUCCGGUGUUGUUAUGAAACAUAAGGUAUUAAAUAGUCAACUUUCGUUGCUGGCAAAAAUAUUGAACUCUAGAACAAUGCCUCAUUGGAAGAAGAAUGAAAUUAUGAAGCCUCACAAUCAUAAGAUCAAACCCAUUGCGGCCAAUAAAAAACUUUCAGGUAGAUUUAAUUUAGUAAAUACUCUGGAUCCCACCAGAUCAACGGGGUUAAUAUGUGGUAUAUUUUUCAAUGUCUUCAGUGGUAAUCUUUUGAUAAACGUUGACGACAAUCUGUUGUCGAAAAGUGGUUCCUACGAAAAUAUUAUCGAUAAAUAUAGAGCAGAUAUCCUUUUAAAUGACCAACUACAAUUGAAACAAAUUGUUAUCAAUUACUUGGAAAAUCCUGAUGUGGUCGCUGAAAGAAGGAAACAUAAGGUGGAUUUCAGUUGUAUUAAGUGUUGCUUAACAUCAUGUAAUACAAUAGAUGUUGACGUAACCGACAUGGUUGUUAAUAAAUGGCUCAAAAAUUUAGGUUGUAUAGACGCAAAUUUAUGCUAUUCGCCAGUACUAACUCUUCUAGAUUUUGGUGGUAUCUUUCUUUCUAUAAAAGAUCAAUUGGGCCAUUCAAGUAAUUUUGCUAUUCAUAACGCCAAACUGAGACACCAGGACGAAUUAUAUAUUAACAAGGAACAGUUGAAGGGCAAUUGUAUCGAAACCAGUAUUGACGCAAUGGCAAGUUCAACAAGUUCAUUCAAGGACUACUUAAAGUUGGAGACGUUCGGUUUUCCACUUCCAGAAACAUUACUUUGCGUGGUAAAUCCAGAUGACUCAACCUUAGUUCCUGAUUUGACUGUGGGUGAAAUAUGGGUAUCUUCAGACAACUUGAUAGACCAAUUUUAUCAAAUGGAUAAGGUUAAUGACUUCGUCUUUAAAGCGAAGCUAAACCAUACGAAAAUGUUUUCAUUUAUCAGCGAAAGCUCUGAUGAAGAUCUAGCAAAUUUUGCGAUAGAGAGAUUAAAUUUUAUAUCUAGUAUUUGCCCCCCGACAACGCAAUUCCUGAGGACCAAGCUAAUAGGGUUUGUUUAUAAUGGUAAGGUGUACGUUCUUUCGUUAAUUGAAGAUAUGUUUUUGCAAAACAAAUUACUAAGACUACCUAACUGGGCUCACACAUCUGACUUAAAAAAGGAAAAAGCGUCCUCUUCUGGUAAUACUGCUAGUACCGGAGGUACCACUAUUGUCGGCAAUCAAUUGAAUGAAUCAUCUCUUUCGCUCCCUUCUCUCGCAACGAGACGUGUUGUGCAAACGCAUUAUCUACAGCAGAUUACCGAGAGCAUUGUACGAACUGUUGCGACGAUUUAUGAGGUCUCUGCUUUUGAACUGAAUCAUCAUCAAAGUGAGCAUUUCUUAGUAGUAGUAGUUGAAAGUUCACUUGCCAAAAAGCCACAGCUUCCAGCAAAUUUGCAAUCUGGAAGUUCUGACAGAUCAUUACUUGCAGGCGCCUCUCAAAAGGAUAAGGAUGUUCUAGAGAAAAAGAUGAAUGAUUUAACAGAUCAAAUUUACAGAGUUCUUUGGAUCUUUCACAAAAUCCAACCUAUGUGCAUAUUAGUUGUUCCUAAGGAUACGUUACCAAAAAGAUACUGCUCUUUAGAAUUGGCAAAUAGCAUUGUAGAAAAGAAAUUUUCUAGCGGUGAAUUAAACUCCUCCUUUGUUAGAUUUCAAUUUGAUAAUGUUAUUCUUGAUUUUGUACCACAUUCAAACUAUUAUAAUGAGAGUAUAUUCAGUCAACAUCUUUCAGUUUUGAGAAGAUCAUUUAUUGAGAGUACAUUAGAUGUUGAUAAAGACCAAAUAGACAAAUCGUUUUGGCAAACAUCUGGUAUAGACUACAGAGAAUAUUCUUACGAUGGCAAAAGUCCCAAGAAGAAAGUUACAGAUUUUAAAUCAAUUCUUGAAGUGUUGGAAUGGAGAAUCGAAAAACAGGGAAAUGAAACAGCCUUUAACGAUGGAGAUAGUAAUACUACCUCAAAUAGUAAUGAUAAUAAUGUUCAUAAAAAGGUUUCCUGGAAAACUUUUGAUCUGAUAGUUGGCUCCUUUCUGAAAAAAAUCGUGGCAUCGAAGACGCCACUGAAAAGUGGAGAUAAAGUUAUCAUUAUGUGUGAAAAUGCUGUCGAAUAUGUUGCUAUGGUAAUGGCUUGCUUUUACUGUAACCUUGUUAUCAUACCACUAAAGCCACUAAGUGAAAGAAAUUUAAAAUAUGACUUCAGGGAUUUGGCCAAUAUAAUUAAAAGUUACAAAGUGAAGAGAGUUUUUAUGGAUUCUAAGGUAAAUAAUUUUUUAUCUAAUAACACAGUUGCUAACAAAUUAUUCAAGAAUUAUCGAUACUUGUUUCCAAAAAUUACCGUAUUUUCCAAACUGAAAAAGAAACAAGGUAUAAAUAUAAAAUUAUUCAGAAAUGUAUUGAAGGAUAAAUUUGGGCAUCAACGAGAUAAUAAACUGAACACUGCUCCAGUAGUAAUUUGGAUAUCAAAUGGUUAUGAUGUUUCUAACAAUAUCCAUGUGGCAAUGACGCAUUUCACACUGAUGAAUUCAUCUAAAAUUAUCAAAGAAACAUUGCAAUUAGGUCCUAAUUCUCCAAUCUUCUCUCUUUAUUCUCACACAAGAGGUUUAGGUUUCAUAAUGAGCUGCCUACUUGGUAUCUAUGUAGGCACAUCGACCGACCUUUUUAGCUAUUCAACUGUAAUGUCAGAUCCAAAAAAUAUAUUGCUAGGGAUACAGAAUCUGAAUAUUAAAAAUUUGUAUAUGAAUAUUGAAACUUUUGGCUCUCUACUGGAUAAAGCAUCUAAUCUCAUGAAGUCUAAAGCAGAGAUUGUAAAGCAUAAAGGCUCUCAAAGAAGUUCAGCAUCAAACCUCCGAUUUGAUUUCUUCAAAGAUGUUGAGAAUUUGAUGAUUCCUUUUAGUGGAAGACCUCGUACGACAGCUGUAGAAAAUUUACUAAAUAGAUAUCAGUCUAUUUUAUUAUCAGUUGAACAAAUCAAUUACGUUUAUGAGCAUCAUUUCAACUCGAUUAUUUCGUUACGAUCGUAUCUUGAUCUUCCUCCCAUCGAUUUAUUUUUAGAUCCAGUCUCAAUGAGGGAGGGUAUAGUAGAAGAGUUAAAUCCAAACUCCGCCGAAGCUAUCGGUGCUUUGAGGCUACAGGAUUCAGGUGUCGUUCCUGUUUGUACAGAUGUCUCAAUUGUUAACCCAGAGACUUUGGUGCCCUGCCUUGAGGGUGAAAUUGGAGAAAUUUGGUGUUGUUCUGAAGGUAAUGCAUCGAAUUAUGCCAUUAUGAAUAAAAAUGGCACCUUAACCAAGGACGAUUUCAUUGAUGAGCAAUUCAAAAGUAGAUUUGAAAAAGAUUCAUAUAAUGGAUUAACUUAUCUAAGAACUGGUGACCUUGGUUUCAUCAAAAACGUUCAAGUGACGAAUACAAAAGGAGACUUAAUUAGCCUAAAUCUACUAUACGUCCUCGGUCCGAUUAACGAAACUAUUGACGUCCUUGGUUUAACGCACUUUGUAGGAGAUCUAGAAAAAUCUGUGAAAGAUGCCCAUCACUUAAUUAAGAACUGUAUUAUUUCUAAGGCUGGAGGGUUACUAGUGUGUUUGAUAAGAUGCAAAGACAAUACCUCAACUAAGUAUGGUAAUAUAACUGCAUUACUUGUCUCUGAGUUACUAAACAAGCACGGCGUUGUAUUGGAUUUGUGCUCGUUUGUAAAAUCAGAUUGUAACAAUAGAAUACUAAAUGAGAGCUGGUCUAGUAAUCGUUUCACCAUUAUGCAAGAAUGGUUCAAUAGAAAGAUUACAAUUGGGGCACAAUAUGGUGUCAACUAUGGUGAAAACAUUUCAAUUUACCUACUCUCUGACUUUGAAAAAGAAAAUAAAUGA